AUGUGUUGGAUUCUUAAGGUAGGGAUAUUCCACAUAAUUCCUGUCUACCCUAAAAAUAUCACAGAGCUAAAAUUAAUGGUUUCUAGAGGUUUACUAGGAGGAAUUACAGCUAUAAUUAUGUUCUAAAGUUUUAAAUAUUUGAAUAUUUCAGAUGCUGUAGUAUUUGGAAACACAAAUCCUAUUUGGACAAGUUUCUUAGCAGCAAUUUUUCUUGGGGAAAAGCUUACAAUAAAGUCUUUGAUAUUUAGCUUCAUUAGCUUUUUAGGUAUGCUUUUAAUUAUUAAGCCUGAUUUUUUUUUUGAGGCAACUUUGGAUAAAGAACCUAUUAAUAUGCAAGGAAGAAACCAAGUAAAGGGGUGCAUGUUUGCCUUAUUCGGUUCAAUUUUACUAUCUUUUAUACAAAUUAUUCUUAGCAAAGUACAAAAAUAAAUGAAAUGCAACAAUGCUUAACUUUUAAUGUAUAAUCACUUUUUUGGCUGUAUAAUUACAGGAAUAACUGAACUCUAAUUACCUAAUAAUGACAUUAUUGUAAAUAAAAGGUUUCUCUUUAUUAUUCUAAUUAUGGGCGUCUUAGCUUUUAUAUCAUAGCUUUUGUUUACACGUUCAUUUACUUUAGAAAAAGCCUCAAUUAUUUCACCACUUCAAUAUAUUGGAGUUGUACUAUCUUUUUUAGUAGAUAUUUUCUUCUUCAAUGAGUAAAUAUAUUUAACUAGUGUAUUAGGAGCUGUACUGAUAAUUGUAGGUAGUAUAGCUAUCAUUCUAUGA